GCGUGUCGACGCAUCGGAGUACGACCAGCACCCAACUGCCAUGAGCUCUUGGUUCGAGGCUGAGACCGCCAGCUCGAUGUUCGGUGCCGUCAUGAAGAAGCCCGCAGGUGUGACCGUAUCCUACUAUUUCUUAUCACCUUCUCUUAUCCUCACUCUCAUUCCUACCCCUCAGAACGAUAUCGAGACGAUCAAGGCUGCGACGAGGAAGGCGAUCAACACCAUGAACAAGCUGACCCUGAAGGCCCAGGACUACUCCGUGCGCUGCAAGGCCGACAAGCUCGCGAAGCCCACCAAGGAUGCAUUGUUGGACACGUCUAAGCAGGCCGAGGCAGUCGCCAAGACGCUCAGGGCGGCGCUGGCCAAGCGGACCCCAGACAAGAAGGAGAUGAAGAGGGAGAUGAUGAACGCAGCCAGGCUCAUGGUCUCCUCAAAGGAGCUCUUCACGAACAAGGCUUUCUUCAAGAAGUCG